AUGCUGCUCCCAAUAUUCUUCCUUCUUCUCAUUCCACUAACCACUUCUUCUUUGGAAUGUUUCACUUGUGGAGUGUUUCUAUCAGCUCCAGAACCAAUGUGUCGAGGAGAAAUCAGAAAUAAUUCUUGUGCACCAGAGAAUCUUGGAUGUCUCUCCAUCAUUGGACAUAAGUCGGACGGAACAUACUAUGUAGAGAAAAGAUGUGCUGAGAAAACCGAUGAUCUGACAGAUGGAUGUAUCAAUAUUGGAAUCCGAGGAAUUGCCGCCAAGCAAUGCCUAUGCCGUGACAAUCUGUGCAAUUCGAGCCCUGGGCAUCUGUCUCACACCUGUCAUGGAUUAGGACUGCUAGGCUUCUUUUCGUAUAUUGUGUUGAGAGUAUUUUGA